AUGGAAAUGGUUAUCUUUACCAAGAUAGAAGAUGAGGACAUUUUAGAUGAUUUAGACACUCUAUACUAUUCGGUUGAGAUUGGUGAGCAUUAUGAAAGAGAUAAAUUUAAGUGGUCUGAAAGAGUAGACUUCGAUUAGGCCAAAAAGAAGAAACUAGAAUUUGGCUUUAAAAUGAAUCACAUAAAGCAAGUGAUUAAAGUUGAGAUUCAGGGCAGCUAUAUUAGCAGGAAAAGUAACAAUGAAGUGAUUCAGAAAUCUAUCUUCAUUGGGUUCUUCAAUUUUGCCAGAUGUGUGAGAAAGAGUGGUGGAUUAAUAUAGCCUUAAUAAGUGGGUUUAAAGGUGUCAGACUAUAUAGAUGUUCAAGUAGGAUUGAAGGAGAAAUAUAAGUUUGGUGGAUAUAGAUGUAUUACACUAAAAGCUUUUGAUACCAAAGGAGGUGAUUUUAUUGAAAACCCUGAUCUCUCAGUUCUGGUUGUAGAGACUUAGAACAAUACUAUUGUUACAGAAAUCUUAAAGGAUUUACCUUUAAUUUAAAGUCCUGAUGGACUUCAUAAGAGAAUCGAAAUUGGAGUUAACAACUACUCUCCAUAGAUUUUCAUGACUUAAGACUUCAAAGUGUAUUUUGUGAAAGACUCAAAAGACUAUUCUUAAUACAGAGCAGAUGAUAAUUCAAUAAUGCCAAUGGGUGAAACUAGAUCUGAAUAAGAUAUACUAUAAGAGAGAAUUCAUAAUGAUUUGGUGGCAUUUGGAGAGUUCAGUGCUUAUGACUUGAUUGAAAACAGUGUAUUCAAGCAAGACUUCUUAGAAUUAGAACCAAUUGAAGGAGGACAAAGUUCAUUAAAGCCUAAGAAGAGAUCAAGAAAAAACACUGAGAUUUAUAGCAAGACAGACCCCUCUUCAAGCUAAGUUCAUUAGUAAUUUGAUGAUGAUGAUUAGUCUGAAUAUAAAUUGCCUUUAUUCAAUAGAAAUAAAAAUCAGUAAAUUGGCUUGAUGACUUUAAGAAGUAUUUAAUGCAAAAAGAGGACGUCAUUCCUAGAUUUAGUAUCAAAUCAAAUGCUAGAGAUCGUACCAAUAAUAGCAAUAGACUUUUCAAUGUCUAAUCUAACUUUCGAUGAGAGAAAAUGUAUUCAUUCAGUAAACGAAGACAACCAAAAUGAGUAUAGAGAUUUGAUAACCUCCAUAAGUAAAGCUUUUAGGUAGAUUUCUCCUACUUCUCUAUUUUAUGGCUUCGGGGCAAAUUCAGUGCUUAGGAAAACUGAGGUAUCAGAUUUGUUUGUAGGGACAGGAGAUUUAUUAAAUCCAAUAGUAAUGACUGACCAUUUAGAACAGGCAUAUUACAGCUGUCUAAAGAGAGUCGAAUUGAACUUACCAGUGCAUAUCUCAAAAGUAGUUGAGAAGUCAAUUGAAUUCGCCCAAUAAUCAGAAUCUCACUUUCUGCAGGCACAGUAUCAAACUAAGAAUGACUUUAAGCAUGGUCUUACCUAUUUUGUCCUUUAUAUUUUGAACUCAGGAAUAGUUGAUGACAUUAAUGAAACUAUUGAACAGCUAACAAAGGUUAUCAACCUGCCACUAAGCAUAUACAUUGUUAAUGUUCAGAAUAAAAAUUUGAGGAAAGAUGAUAUUGAUACUGGCCAGCUUGAAGAAAAAUGCAAGUUCUUAUUUGAAAGAGGGAAUAGGAAAUUUUUGAAAGUGAUAGAGUAUCAUGACCUAGGGUUCUAGACUCAUGGUCACAGCGAAGUCAUCCAUAAACUAACUGAGAGGAUUCCAUUUGAAAUUGAAUAGUAUUUUGACUCAGUAGCUGCACAUGGAACUUAAAUUCAUAUUGAAUAGAACUAGGUGAGAAAAGGACUAGAUCUGGUAAGAGAAGUCAUCAGAUAGAAAGAUCAAUUUUUGGAAUCAAUUGAUGGCGUUGAAGGACUGAAUCGAGAGAAUGUAAAUAAGCUGAUAGAGGAUUUUAGAUUAUAUGAGUACUCAGCAGACUCUGCUUAGAUUCUACUGGGACUUAAGAAAAGAGUUGACAAGUCUUGA